AUGAUGAUGGCUUUAAGGAGAUUUGCCUCUGGUGGUAAAUCCCCACACGAAUUAUUGCCACCUUGGCAGAAGUCUAUAUGAAGAGAUCCUUUUGACUACCCUCUCCGCACAAUAGAACAAGUGAAAGAAGAAAUCAAGAAUAAUCCCCCAAGCCAAAAAGUUGCAGCCCAAGUUGUUCAUUACUAUGGCAAAAACGCCACUGUGCCUAACAGAGUAGAUUUACCAAGCCAAGUCGUGAAAAUGUGGGUCGACAUGCGUAACUGGAAUCUCACAAAACUACAAAAAGAAAGAUUAAUUUUCCUUUUGGGCACAAGAUAUAAGAAUAGCCCUACAUUCAAAGUGGUAUGCAACCAUUAUGCAACUAGAGAAGAGAACUGGCAGAAGUGCAUGGAUAUUUUGCAUGAACUUUUCUAUGAGUGCAAGAGAGCUCCGUAA